AUGUCAAAAUAAUUAAUAUUAGGUUGUGGUGCUACAAGUUUUAUAACUGUAUUAUUAUUAAUAAUAUUAUCAUAUUCUUCUUUAUAAGUUGAUGAAUAUGGAUUAGACUAUAGUUCAAUUUCAAAGCAUGUAGAUGCUUAAGCAUAUGAUUCAGGUGUCCAUUUCUUAGGACUAGGCCAUAGAUUUAUAAGAUUUCCUAAAACGGUAAAAAGUAUAGAAUUUAGUCUAGAAUAAGGAGCAAAUACAAGAGAUUUAGAAAGUCGUACAUUAGAUGGUCUUUAAGCAACUAAAUAUACAGCAAAUAACUUCUUUGUUGAUAGAUUUAAAAUCGGUACUACAAUGUAAGAUGAACUAAAUAAAUAUUUCCAAAAGGAAUUUUCAGCUACAAUUGAAUUCUUUUAAUUGAGAAAAGUUGAUUUACCAGAUUUAUUCGAAAAUUCUAUCUAAGAAACAGAAGUUAAAAAAUAAGCUAUUUAAAAGGCUUAAGCUUAAAAAUAAAAAACUUAAGUCGAAUUAGAAACUAAAUUAAUGUAAUCUAAAUAUUAGGCUUAAGUCGUUAAAAAUUUAGCUCAAGGUGAUGCCUAGUCUAUUGUUUAUAAAGGAUAAGCCUAAGCUUAAGCUUAUUUAUAAAAAUAAUAAUCUUAUUCAACUCAGUAUAGCAUCAUAAAACAAAAUCUAUAAUUAGAUAAUGCUGGUUUAAUCUAAUUUAUGAAAAACAAAAUCAUUAAGGAAUAUGAUGGAUAGUAAUUAGUUAUAAAUUUAGAUAAUUCAUAAUCUAAUUAAAAAUGA